GCCUUUAUCGGUACCGUGUUCGAGUACCAUACCGGUAGCUGGAAAAUUCCAUAUUUUCAUCCACUUGUGAGACCUUAGAGCGCAGGUGUGACACUUGUACGGUACAAGUAGUCGACCGUAUUGAAUUUGUCACUUAAAUUUGCCUGUCACUUGGAUGGCGGAUACCGUACGGUUACCCAGUAGGCGUGAUUGGACGGGGAUCUCCGUCACGGUGAAACCUGGUUUUUAUUUGUUUAACCCUCCCACCAGUUUAAGUUAUGUCACAGCGGUCCGAGUUUGAAACUCUGUCCAUGAGCACGAGGCACAAGUAUCACACCGCCAUGAGAGUUGCACGUUAUUAUCAUUAUAUCCCUCAGUAUCUGCACCGUAACUUAAGAACCAGUCCAGGCAACCACGAUCACGCUUUCCUUUUCUUUCUCCAUCGUCUCGGGGUUCGGAAUGUUUCUUUCGACUUCCAUCGUAAACGCCGUUACGCCUCUCAUAGAUAAAUACUGGGAAAAGGGUCCAUUCUGAAACCUUUUCUUUUUUCUCUCUCUCACUAAUAGUAAAACUGUGACAGGUGACUAAGCUGGACUCGUCAUUCGUGCUUCUUUUUCAUAAUCCUUUCUGCUUCGCCAUUCAAUUCCGUCAUAUCUCACUUGAUUGAGGCCAAGAACACCAAAUCACUUUCCUCUCCUUACCGGCACCUCACCUCACCUCCCAGUGCUCCCACUGGCUCUCUUGUUCAUCAUAGCAACCGGGGCCACCUGCAAGAGUACCAUACCCUGAUAGUAGCGGUUUUUUCCCACCGGGGAGUUUUUUCCUUCUCUUUUUCUCUUUCUCCUCUGUAGGCUGUUUCUGCGUUGCGGAGGACGGAUCGCGGGACCUUGCGUUUUAAUUUCAAGUCUUUUGGAAUUACUGGAAGAGAGAGGGAGAGAGAAGCUUCCGCUGGGAAAGAGGGGAAAAAACAAAAGACCGGGAUAGAGGGGGCGUGAUUGGAACUCUAACGCCUUCAACAUGGCACGACAGAAGGAAUUUGCACCUAUGGUGAACUGGCUCUAUGAUCUUAUUCUGUGGUCUUUCUCAAGUAAGUUUCGUGCCCUACCAGGUUUGUGUCUUUAGGGGUGACAGAGUGGAUGAGGCUCUAGGGUGACAUCAUCUUUCGGCUAUCCGCUUGUGGUGAUGAUGAUGAUGAUGAGGAUGCUAACGAUGUUUUCUUUCAAUCAAUAAGUUCUUGUGGAUCUUUUUUUCCGUGAGGUUCACCCCCGCGGUGCAUUCCGUAUCCCCCGAAGGGGCCCUAUCAUAUUUGUUGGAGCACCGCAUGCGAACCAGGUACGCCCCCUCUCCGCUUGCUGUCAUUGAUAGCAAGAAGGGCCUAACAACGCUACAUAGUUCGUCGACCCUCUAAUCCUCAUGCGCGCUGUCCGCCUAGAGUCCCGCCGUCGCAUAGCGUUCCUCGUAGCGGAAAAGUCAAUGCGGAGGAAGUUUAUCGGAUGGCUGUCCCGCUGUGUGGGCGCUGUGCCCGUCGCUCGUGCCCUCGACAUGACCAAGCCCGGCACCGGACGCAUCUACCUACCAGACCCCCAACAACCCCUCAAGAUUAGAGGUGUUGGGACCAAGUUUACGGAGGAGCUGGUUGCUGGCGGGUUGCUGGUUCUACCGCCGACAAAGGGACAGAGUGCGGCUAGUGCUGAGGUUAUUGAAAUAUUGAGUGACGAGGAGGUCAUGCUGAAAAGGGAGUUUAAGGGAGAUAUUGCCCUAAAACAGCUUACGCAGGAGAGUGAGGAGGAUGGGAAAGGGAGCAAGUAUAAGGUUGCGCCGAAGGUUGAUCAGAGUCAGGUUUAUGAUGCGGUAUUUCAGAGAUUGAAUUCGGGCGGUUGUGUGGGUAUCUUUCCCGAGGGUGGUAGUCAUGACAGGACGGAAUUGUUGCCAUUAAAGGGUAGAAUGCUCCCCAUCUUUUUUUUUUUUUUGAACUUCCGGUGUCACUCGGUGUUGAGAGAGUGAUAUCGCGUCUGUGAUUACUUGGUUUCCAGGGAACGCUACUAACGUGUAUCAGCUGGUGUUGCUAUUAUGGCGCUCGGUGCUCUCUCUGCCAACUCGGGUUGUGGGCUCAAAAUUGUUCCCUGUGGAUUGAAUUAUUUCCAUGCUCAUAAGUUCCGAUCACGGGCUGUCAUUGAGUUUGGAGCUCCGAUCGAAGUGCCAAAAGAGCUUGUGGACCAAUAUUCUAAGGGCGAGAAACGUGAGGCCGUUAGGGCCCUGCUGGAAAUGAUCUAUAACGGAUUAUUGGCAGUUACUGUUACCUCCCCGGAUUAUGAUACCCUCAUGGCAUGUCCCUUGACCCCCGAUAGACCAGCAAACUCAGAAUUUAAUGUUUUUACAGGCAAUCCAAGCCGUCAGAAGACUCUACAAGCCGACCAACAAAAAGCUUCCCCUCCCGAUGGUGGUAGAACUCAACCGACGACUAGUCACUGGAUACACACAUUACAAAGACGACCCACGCAUAAUCCACCUCCGCGCAUCCGUAUCAGAAUACAACCGCCAGCUCCGUCUCCUCGGCCUCCGGGACCACCAGGUCGAGUACGCAAAGUUUUCCUUCUUCCGCGUUAUUUUCACCCUGAUCUACCGCGUCGGAAAGCUGGUCUUCCUCGGAACUGGCGCCCUACCGGGGUUCAUCCUCUUCGCUCCCGUAUUCGUCGCAACACGCAUAAUCUCCCACCGAAAAGCCAAAGAAGCCCUCAAGGCCUCAACUGUCAAGAUCCAGGGUAAGGACGUAAUGGCUAGUUGGAAACUCCUCGUGACCCUAGCCCUCGCGCCGAUCCUGUACAACUUCUACGUCGUAAUCCUCUGCUGGUGGACAUACCGUCACCGUUUAUUCGGGUUGAUGCCGGACUGGAUGCCGAUAAUCGGUGUGGCAGUCUUCGGCUGGAUAUGGUUUCCCAGCAUCACAUUUGCAGCCCUCCGCUUCGGCGAGAUAGGAAUGGACAUCUUCAAGUCCCUGCGCCCCCUGGUCCUCUCACUGAACCCCACGAGCGCAAACACCCUCCACAAACUCCGCCAGAAGCGCGCGCAGCUGGCCGUAGAAGUGACCGACCUGAUAAACGAACUCGGCCCCGAGAUAUUCCCGGACUUUGACUCUGCGAGAAUAAUCUCCGACCCGUUCAUCAAGCCCGAUGCACUCCCCACGAUCCACACUACCUCCCGUACCCGCCGUGACUCGGAACUCUCCUCCGACUCAAACAUCUCCCCCACCUCCGAGUCCGGUAGUGGCGCUCCUUACACCACCAUCGGCUCAGGCUCCGGCAUCGGAGGCAACAGUCACAACAUCCCGCGCAACGAGAGCUUUGGGAACCUCGGCAGCAUUGGUCUCUUCGCUUCUAGGCCCGUUAGUAGAGCGCGUAGUAGGAGUAACAGUGGUGGGUUCCCCAUCAAGGCACUCAGCAACAUUGAGGGCGCGGGACAGUUUGGCUUCGACGAGGUUAGCCGCAAGAUUAGCUCUGCCAUGGCCGAGCGCAGGAGAGAGAGAAGCCAGAGGAGGAGUGGGAGUUUGGGCUGGGGGGAAGAGGAAGUCGAUGGGCAUGGCAGAAGUGCUAGUGAGAGUGAGAGUGAGAGUGAUGAGGAAGAAGAGGAUAAAAAGAUGGUUUGAGUACCGCAAGUGAAUACGGUAAAGGCAAGAAUAAACAAGAGAAGAAACGAAAAGAGCGCGCGGUGAGGAUGGGGGGUUUACCUAUUUUAUUGUUUCACUUUCUAUUCCUCCCUUGUUUAGCCGUUUGUCACGCUCCUUUUUUCCGUUUUCCCGUCGGUUUGGUCUGGGUUUUUUUUUUGCGCUUAUUUGUUCACCCGUACCGUACUGUAGCUUCCUUUCCCUUCCACCUCACCCCCAGCACCCCACGCGCCUGGCCUGGCCCUACUCGUCAAGUUGAAGCUUGUCCUCCCGUUCCUCCACCCUAAUAGUCUUGAGUCAAGGACGUUAAAAUUAGUUGCGGAAUACAUUAGUCGUAAUACGAU